AGGUGGAAUAAUGUCAUAAAAAACAACUCUGAUGAUAAAUUUGCUGCUGUAGCCUGCCCAGCUGGAUGUCAAUAGUAUAAAAUAACAUAAACUUUAAGGAGAAGAAGGAAAAGUAGGUGGGAGUGAAGGAUCUCAGGUUCGGUAUCGGAGCGCAGGAGCAGCGUCCUCGACUGAACUGGACCUCAUACCUGGCAGUGGAUCGACUUCAGGCCCAUCUUCCCCCGUUUGUUGGCUUCUGUAUCGGUGCAAAAGCUCUCCAUCAUGUUCACAGAGGUGCUGGUUGCUCUGGUAAUUGGAGGACUGAUUUACUUCCUGGUUCAGAGGAGCAGGACCCAGGUUCUUAAGACCAAGGAUGGCUGGUGGGGGUGCGGAGCACAACCUGCUGCCGACGAGGACGUCACCAUCCGUCCCUUUAAAGUUACCACCAGUGAUGAAGAGCUGGAGGACCUGUACAGGAGGAUCGACCAGACGCGUCCUGUUCCAUCACUGGAGGAUAGCCAGUUUAAUUAUGGCUUCAACUCCCAGUACCUGCAGAAGGUGGUGUCUUACUGGAGAAAUGACUUUGACUGGAGGAGACAAGUUGACAAACUCAACCAGUACCCUCACUUCAAAACCAAAAUCGAAGGUAUUGAUGUCCAUUACAUCCAUGUGAAGCCCAAGAAGGUGCCAGAGGGGACCAGUCCCAUCCCUCUGAUUAUGGUUCAUGGCUGGCCCGGUUCCUUCUAUGAGUUCUAUGGGUUGAUCCCUCUGCUGACAGAACCGUCAAACCCGAAUGACCUGGUGUUUGAGUUGGUGUGUCCCUCCAUACCAGGGUAUGGUUUCUCUGACGCACCACAUAAGAAAGGUUUCAAUUCGGUUUGUGCGGCCCGGAUCUUCCACAAACUGAUGAAGCGUCUGGGCUUCCAGCAGUUCUACGCUCAUGGAGGAGACUGGGGCUAUCUGGUCACCACCAACAUGGCUCAGCUGGAACCCAAAAUCGUCAAAGGCUUGCAUGUGAAUUUUGCCCCACCCGCCAAGCCGGGGCUGGUCAUGAUGUCAUCCAUCAUGCUCGGCCGUCGCUUCCCUCAGCUGUUUGGCUUCACUGACAUGGACAUUGAGCGUCUCUAUCCCUGCAUGCAGAAGCUAGUGGUGCACUCCAUCAGAGAGACAGGCUACAUGCACAUCCAGGCCACCAAGCCUGACACUGCAGGACGAGGCCUUAAUGACUCUCCAGUGGGUCUGGCCACCUACAUUCUGGAAAAGUUCUCCACAUGGACGAACAGUGACUUCAGGAACCUGGAGGACGGUGGACUCACCAGGAAGUUCUCUCUGGACGACCUGCUGACUAACGUGAUGAUCUACUGGACGUCUGGCUGCAUCAUCUCCUCCAUGAGGUUCUACAAGGAAAACUUUAGCAAUGGUCUCAAUGAGCCACAUGCAACGAUGCCAGUCUACGUCCCCACUGGCUACGCCUGCUUCCCCAACGAGCUGAUGCACACACCCAAACUGUGGGUCCAACAGAAAUACCAUAAUCUUGUCACCUUCACUCCCAUGGCCCGUGGCGGCCAUUUUGCUGCCAUGGAGGAGCCCCAGCUGAUGGCCGAGGACAUCCAGAAGUUCAUAAAACUGGUGGAGAAGAAGAAGAAGUAGAAUCUGGACUGAUGAGCAGGUGAAGGAAGUAAAAGUAAAGCAGAUCGAAGAUAGAGAAACUGUGCUGAGCAGUAAGUAGACACGUGUAGAAUGUAGAUCAUGAAGUAAGUUUCUCUAUGAAGUGAAAUUUCUGAUGUAGUGCAGAUCUAUAAAUGAAACUCCUAAUCAUAUUUUUUAGUGAUUGAGCCAGUCUUGUGAAGUGCUACUGCCAGGAAAUGUAUUUGUUUGAAACUCGUGCAGUCAAGAAGUAAAACAGAAAGCACAAUUCACGAGAUCAGGAGACUAGAAUUCAUUAGAGGUUCUGUGUUUGAGAGUUGUUUGUGUGCUACAACAUGAAUGGACUGAUGAUUGUACGGUAAUGAAACACAAAAACAGGAAAUAGCUUUAUGUGAAAAUAGAGAGAGUUAUUAUGAAAGCAUAAAAGCCCAGCCAGUUGUAGGUUUGCUGUUUAAACCUUUAGUGGACACAUUUUAUUUUUAAACUCGUAAUGCGUACACAUUUUUUUUACAUCGAUGAUCCACUAUAAGUUUUCAGGAUACAGUUCUAAUUCAAGUACUAAAAAAAAAGUAUAGUAAUACAUUAACAAGAAGCGCUUUAUGCAAGAAUUGUAAAAACCUGUGGCUUGAAUCACAGCGCGUUAGUCAGGUUUAAAGCUGACGAGGUUUUGGAUUCAUAGAUGCCUUAUUGAACACGGACCACUUUGCUGGAGUUUCUGACUUUUUUUUUUAGAGCUUCCUUCAGUCUUGUGGUUUUAAAAACUGUUUACUAAGCAGCUGCAGAUGGGAGGUCAGAGGGCUCCUGGUGUUAUUGUGUUGACAGCAUAGACAAGGUGCCAGGCAUUCCUCUGACUGAUAGCAUGAAACCUCUGUACAUACUAACACGAUUGCCUUAAAGCCUCAGCUUAUGUUUAUUUUUUUUUACUUGUUUUUUUUUUAUUGGAAACAUAUGUUCAGUUAUUUCAAAGCUUUAAAUGCAUGUUUCUGUAGUGCAUUCCACAGUUUGUCACACACUUAGUGUAAUAAGUUGUGAAUGUACAGCUAAUAGUCAACAUUGCCACAGUAGCCUUUGAUCGAUUGUCUGUAACAUGCAUCAGCAUUGAUUUGUUAAUUUCAAGCACUACAGUUUACUCUAGAAGCACUGAGUUCGAAUGCAAACCUUCCUACUACUUUUUUCUAUGAUGUCUUCUAAAGAUUUCUGAUAGUCACAACGUUGAAUUCAGCUUUAGCGACAUAGCAGCCUCACAUAAAAAUAACUGAAUAAUCAUCACUAUGUUGAAUAAGCUAAAUGCAAUCUGCAAUGCUGUUUGACAAGUUUUCUUUGGAGAAUGAUUUCUAAAUGAUGACAUGUUUAGUUUGAGACAAUUUUACUGUAAGGUUCAGUUAAAUUCAGAAUUUUACUCAUUUCAUAGUAAUUCUGUCAUUUCUCAGAUCAUGUCACACUGUUCUAUUUUGGACCAAAUAAAACUGACACAAGUCUGA